GAGCAGAUCUCCGAAAUGUAUAGCCUGACACCGAGGUGCUAUAAUGGCGACAAUGGCUCGCCGAUCAACUGCCAGGACAAGUACUCCCUGGUACCGAACACACAGGUGAAAUUCGAAUGCGCUAGUGGCUUCAUCCACAAGACCUCGGAUCCGAUGAGGGUGAAGUGCACAGAGGAUGGCGAGUGGGAGGGUCUCAGGGAUCUGUGCGAAAGGCAGGAGCGGCACUGCAACUACGAGUGCAACCACCGACUCAACUACUCGGAGGUAACGAUGAGCAAAGGAGGUGAUGCAACGGAUUCACUGCAAGCCUCCUGGUUAGUUCCGAUUUACAAGAGGAACAGCACGACAACCAGGCACGAAUUCGUGUGUACCGGUAACUUAAUCCGCUUGGAUAUCGUGCUCACGGCAGCCCACUGCCUAAAUGAUAGAAAUUCCAGACCGGAGGAUUUCCUAGUGGGCCCCACGGGCAACCGAUCCGCCUCCAUGGAUCUCAAGUACCUACACAGAGUUAAAAAUCUUGAGGUUUACGGCGCCUACAACAACAUCAACCACAUAUACGACGUUGGAAUCGUUGUCUUGGAGAGGCGGAUGGAUUUUAAGCUAGAUCAAUGGAUCGUCUGUCUUCCCUACAAUGUGGGUUCUCAUUUGGAUCUCAUUGGCGAUGCGAUGGUGAGCUCUUGGAACUCCGAUGGCUACCUGGCGACGGUCUAUGGCCGCUUAAGUGAGCCCAGAAAUGGAGACCUCAACAUCGUCCUGCAUGACGGCUAUACUCUGUGCAAAGGCGACAGUGGCACUGGAGUUAUCACCACCUGCGGCUUGGACAACCACAAGUGCCUGGUGGCUGUGGUUAGCCGAAAUGUGGGUUCCGGCGACCACGGAACCUUUUGCAGCAACAACGUGACUGCAGCCACUUUAAUAUCGCCCCAUCUGAAGGAUUACAUUCAGCAACUCAUCAGGAAUAACAUCAAUUGUCCGGAAUUGUGUGAAGCCAUUCAAAAAUUGGUUUUAAAAUAAUGGUCUAAAAUGGUUUACGAACACGCUAAUAUCUAUCGAAGCUUACAACCUUCUAAUCCCUACAGUGUGCGGCGCAACAAUAGAUGUCCUUGAAACAAAUAGCCACUAAAACUAUUCAAUAAGUGCCAAAUAAUUUUAAACAACAGUUGAUUAUGUAAACAUUACUUAAAAUAUUAUAGUUACAUUUAAGUGCACUACCUAUUUAGGUGUCGCGGAGUGUGCGUU